AUGAUCAUGGCGAAAGUGGAAAGCACGAGCCUGCCAGGCCCCGCGACCUCGCCGGGCGACGACUCCAACGGUUCAGGCAGCGCCAGCAACUCUUCCGCAUCUACAGCCAAGCCCGCAACCUCGCCCACCGUCCAGACCUUCCCUCCGCCCAAGAACGACAAGCCCCGGCCGCACGUAUGCGCGACUUGCACACGCUCAUUCGCGCGCCUAGAGCACCUCAAGCGCCACGAACGAUCCCACACAAAAGAGAAGCCCUUUGAGUGCCCCCAGUGUACGAGAUGCUUCGCGCGACGCGACCUCCUCCUACGUCACCAGCAGAAGCUCCACCAACAAGGCGCGUCCAACACAAGACCCCGCAAUGGACGUAGGGAAAGCACGACCGGCCUGCCGCCCAACCCUGCCGCGCGAGUACGCAAGAACUCAGUCUCAAGCAAUGCGGGCGGCGCCAAGGGCAAUGUCAUGAGGCCACGCGCAAACACCAUCAGUCACAUCGACCCGACCGCCCUCAACAGCUUUCUCGCCACACAUGGAACUUCGAUAGCUGGCGGCAGGGGAGGCCACCCAGGUCAUUCACAGCAUUCGAGCCUAUCGGGGAUUAGUCAGUUCGACUACAGGGGCAUGUCGACAGCUGCCGGCAACCAUGGCCAGUCUCACGGUCUACCAAGACUAGACACCCAUAUGGGAUUCGGUAUGGGUGGCGGUCUUCGCACGGCUCCCAUUCCAGGCAUGGCUGGCUCUGAUGACCGUGAGCUCGAGAAGUUCUUCGGCUCCUCAGCAGCUUCUACCAUUAACCCGAACCAGCUGCACCACUUCAACGCAGGCAUCGCACUUCCACAAUCGCCCUUCAAGCAAUUCGCUAAUCCCUUCGCCGGCAACAAUCCUAUUGAGGAAGACGAUUUCGGCUGGGGUAUGGGCAUCGACAGCAACAUGGUCUUCACCGGAGCCAACGAGUCGGCUCUUGACGGCUCCUCGCCAUCGGCCAUCAGCACUGCGAGUCAGGGUGCUUUCAACGACAUGAUGCUGGAUGGCUCAAGCCAACAAAACUCAGCAGCCAUGUGGCACAACCCUCUAGUUGCGCACACCAGCAUCAACCCAACCGCCUUCACACUCGAUGCCAUGGCUCCGGUCUUCCCUGAGCUUAUGAUGAACCACAACACUUCACAAGAGCUAGGCGAUCAGGGUGUUCAGAACGAUUUCUACUCGUCUACUCCACCUCCUUUAGUGGCCAUGAGCCCUUCAGCUGGUAUACCCGGUAUGCCGAAUCAGUACUUUCAGACGCCCAUGACUUUCGCUUCUGAUGCCCGCAGCAUAUCAUCUUCCUCAUUCAACGGCAGCGCAAGGCACAGUUCUGUCUCAUCAUUUUCCACUGAAACCAUUACAGACUCUACGCGGCAGGCUAUGAUGUUCAACUUGACUCAAGCCAUGGGCUACGGUCAUGGAGCUCAACGGAGAUUCUCGCAACCCGCAGUCAGCUCGCCUCUGUCCAAUGGUACCGGGAAACCUUCAGUCCAGGCUGGUAUACUCCCUAGCACUGUCGACAUCCAGCGCUACGUCAAUGCAUACAUCCACUACUUCCACCCGCACUUACCUUUCUUGCACAUCCCCACACUUUCUUUUGAUACCCCGGCGUACACAUACCAACUUCGAUCGGCCGGAAACUACAGCCAAGAUACCAUGGUUGGUGGCGGUGGCUGUCUCAUCCUUGCCAUGGCCGCGAUAGGUGCUCUGUACGAAUAUGAGCAGAAUGUCGCAAAAGAAUUGUUUGAGGCUGCGAAGAAGCUGAUUUUAUUCUACCUUGAUGAGCGCCGCAAAGCUGGACUCUCGGCUGUCAACGGGUCGAAUGCCGCAAACGACCACAUCAACAAACCACCACUCUGGUUAGUGCAAGCUAUGUUGCUCAACCUCAUCUUCGGUCACAGCUGUGGCGAUAGACAGGCCGCUGAGGUUGCGAGCACCCAUUGCGCAGCACUUGUAAGCCUUGCUAAAGCUGCUGGCUUGGAUAAGCCAACCGCUCCAGAGCAGACUUCUUCCAGUCCACCCAAUCAUACUAAUGGCGACAAUGUGGAUAUGUCCGACGAAUCGAGCUCGCAGUUUGGCCAACAUGCAGAUAGUGUGGACGAGCACGCUCAGUGGAUUCAGUGGAAGAAGAUCGAAGAGCGUAAGAGGACUUACUUUGCCAUCUUCUCCAUGUCGAGUCUGCUUGUAUCCGCUUACGCGCAUUCUCCACGCAUACUGAACUCAGAGAUACAUCUAGACCUACCCUGCGAAGAGGAUCUGUGGUCUGUUGACAGCCCUCAGACGUGGGUGGCUAUGGGCGGACCAAUGAUCGCUCAGCAACGCGGUUUGUCUUUCAUCUCGGCCAUGACAUACCUUCUCGAAGCCAGUUCACGGAAUACCACCUCACGGAUGCGGAACUCCUACCCCCAGGCAUUCGCAGGCGGGCAGCCAAUGAACGGACCCUCUGAGAGCGACAUCCGGCCCAGCACAUUCGGUUGCUAUGUGCUGAUCAAUGCCAUGCACGUUUACAUUUGGGAAACGCGGAACAGACACAACGGUCGCUUGUGGAAGGCCCAGGAGACAGAGGCCAUGCAUGCUCAGGUGGAGCCCGCUCUCAAGGCCUGGCAAGUCGCGUGGAGAGCCAACCCGAACCACAGUAUUGAGCGCCCCAGUCCGUUCGGUCCUCUUUCCGCCGACUGUAUCCCACUACUAGAUUUGGCCUAUGUCAGGCUCUUCGUCAACCUUGGUCGCGCGAAGGAGCUCCUGUGGCAGCGCGAUUUUGACGGCAUGGCGAACGAACUCGCCAGAGGCAUUGACAUCGUCGGCCAAGCAGACGGGACACCUGAGAGGUUUGCAUCGAUGGAUCUCAACUCAGGUUCUCCAGGCCAAAUGGGCUCACAGGACCACGUCAGUCCCGGAAAUGCGGCAAACGGUUUCUCCAACUCCCAGUCGUCCAAACGCGAAAGGCAUCUCCGAAAGGCCGCUUUCUACGCUGCUGACUCCCUUUCCAUGGCAGACAAACUGGGUGCCUCGUACGCUGACUUCACGGCUCGGGAGCUUCCCAACUCAUCCGCGUUGUGCACUUUCGAUUGCGCUCAGGUCCUUGCUGAAUGGGUUGCAACUGUGCAAGACCGUGUUGGCCGUCAUAUGGGCGUGCUCGGUAGAGAUGAGAUUGAUUUUGCGGGCGUGCCAGCUGUUGUACUCCUUGAAGAGGAAGACAUUAAGCUGCUACAGAAGAUCUCUGAUAUUCUCCACCAUGCUGAUAUGAAGCUGGCUUACGACAUAUCGUCCAACAACCUACCGAUGCUGGGUAGUCUUUCCAACCUCGGACAUUGCGGUUACGGAACCAAGUUGCUGAUGGUGACGGCUUACAUGCUGUCAAAGGCCGCUGUCUGGCCUGUAACCCAUGUCCAAGCUCGUGCACUCGAGGCGCAUGCCCAGCACAUCAGUCAACGAGCAGAAAACUCGCUUCAUAUCCAGUAA